UUCACCAGAAAGACCAUGUCUGCAGUUACAAUUGAACCUCUGACCCACCAUUGUUUCCGUCGAACUCCGGUUCGGUACUUGAAUCACCGAAAACUCCCGUCAUCUUCUGUAACUCACACACGGAGAUCGCUCUUGGUAGGCGCUGCCAGGUUGAGCUUCUGCAACACUACGCCUAGGCGUCGGAGGAAACUUCUUGCUCCCCGAGCUAGCUCAACUGUUGUUGAAACUUCCGAAGUUGUGUUCCAAGAAAUUUUCGAUUUGAAACGACCUCAAAGAGUAGAAGGAAAGAUAACAAUCCGAUUAGAUAGUGCAAGGAAUGAAGAGAACUGGAAGCUGACUGUAGGAUGUAAUCUACCUGGGAAGUGGGUUCUCCAUUGGGGUGUUCAUUAUGUAGGAGUUUCUGGAAGGUGGCAGUGAGUGGGACCAGCCUCCUCCAGAGAUGCGACCCGAAGGCUCCAUUCCCAUUAAGGAUUAUGCAAUUGAGACUCCUUUAAAGAGAUUGACUGCAGCUUUGGAAGGAGAAUCAUUGUAUGAAGUGCAGAUUGACCUAAAUGUUAACAGCCCAAUUGCAGCCAUAAACUUUGUAUUGAAGGAUGAGGAAAGUGGAGCGUGGUAUCAACAUAGAGGGAGAGACUUUCAAGUGUCAGUCAUGGACUAUGCUCAUGCUGAUAGUACCAUGGAAGGAGAAAAACGGGGUUUUGGAAUAUGGAAAGGGGCACUUGGGCAGCUGUCUGACAUGCUCCUUAAAUCAGAAGUAGAACACCCUAAAGGGGUAAAUAGAAGCAACGUGUUAAGAGAACCUACAGAACAAACUAGACGCCAUGGAGGAUUCUACGAAGAACAAGUUAUUGUAAAAGAGACACUAGUUGAUAAUACAGUAGUUGUCACAGUCAAAGAAUGUCCAGAGACAGCCAAAAAUAUUUUACAGAUUGAUACUGAUUUACCGGGGGAUGUACUCAUUCACUGGGGAGUCUGCAAAGAUGAGAGUAAAAACUGGGAACUUCCUGCUGAACCUUAUCCUGCACAAACAACAAUAUUCAAGAAUAAGGCAAUGCGAACAUUGUUGCAGCAAAAAGGCGGUGGAUCUGGUUCUCAGGGAUCAUUUACUUUGAAUGAAGGACCUGUAGGGUUUCUUUUUGUACUGAAGCUACAUGAUGGCACAUGGCUGGAUUGCAAGGGAAGGGACUUUUAUGUACCUCUGCCCAGGCGCACAAAAGUUCAAUUAAGCUCGACAGAGGCUGACGUUCAAGUACAAAACAAGGAGGUGGAUCCUUUAGUGGCAUCUGGAUUGGAAACAAAGGAGGUUUCUUUGUCUACUGAUGGAAUUAUUAAUGAUAUUAGAAAUUUGGUCAGUGACAUUUCUUCAGAAAACAGUUUAAAGACAAAAAGCAAAGAUGCACAAGUGAGCAUUCUUCUUGAAAUUGAGAAGCUCGCUGCAGAAGCCUACAGUAUAUUCAGAAACUCAAUGCCGACAUUCACUGAAGAUGAUAUGUUAGAAGCUGAGACGUUAAAACCUCCCAUUAAAAUAUCUUCAGGAACCGGUUCAGGAUAUGAGAUCUUAUGCCAGGGAUUCAACUGGGAGUCUCAUAGAUCUGGAAGAUGGUAUUUGGAGCUACAUGAUAUGGCUGAAGUGUUGUCAUCACUUGGUUUUACCAUAGUCUGGUUACCCCCUCCAACAGAGUCAGUAUCACCUGAAGGCUACAUGCCCAAGGAUUUAUAUAACUUAAACUCUAGGUAUGGAACUAAUGAUGAAUUGAAAGUUAUUGUGAAGAGAUUCCACGAAGUGGGAAUCCGAGUUCUUGGGGAUGUUGUUUUAAACCAUCGUUGUGCUAGUUUUCGGAAUCAAAAUGGAAUAUGGAAUAUUUUUGGUGGUCGUUUGAAUUGGGAUGAACAUGCAAUUGUUGCGGACGAUCCACAUUUCCAGGGAAGAGGCAAUAAAAGUAGUGGAGAUAAUUUCCAUGCUGCUCCAAAUAUUGAUCAUUCCCAGGAAUUUGUGAGGAAGGAUAUCAAGGAAUGGCUGUGCUGGCUGAGGGAAGAAAUCGGUUAUGAUGGAUGGAGACUUGAUUUUGUUCGUGGAUUUUGGGGUGGCUAUGUAAAGGAUUAUCUGGAAAAUAGUGAGCCUUACUUUGCUGUUGGUGAGUAUUGGGAUUCCCUUAGUUAUACCUACGGAAAAAUGGAUCACAACCAAGAUGCUCAUCGACAGAGAAUUGUUGACUGGAUUAAUGCAACUGGUGGAACUGCGGGUGCAUUUGAUGUCACAACAAAGGGAAUUCUUCAUUCUGCAAUUGAGAUGUGUGAAUACUGGAGGUUGUCAGACUCAAAAGGGAAGCCUCCAGGAGUUGUUGGGUGGUGGCCAUCACGUGCUGUCACCUUUAUAGAGAAUCAUGAUACGGGGUCUACUCAGGGACAUUGGAGAUUUCCAGGAGGAAAGGAAAUGCAAGGAUAUGCCUACAUCCUUACACACCCUGGAACACCCUCAGUUUUCUAUGAUCACAUCUUUUCUGGGUAUCAAUCUGAAAUAGGAUCUCUCAUCUCCCUCAGAAAGCGGAACAAGAUAAACUGUCGGAGUACAGUAAAAAUAACCAAGGCAGAAAGGGAUGUUUAUGCAGCAAUGAUUGAUGAAAAGCUGGUGGUGAAAAUUGGACCAGGCUAUUACGAACCCCCAAGUGGACCCCAGAAAUGGUCUGUGGCUCUCGAGGGAAGCGAUUACAAGGUUUGGGAAGCAUCAUAUGAAAAUCUGUAGCUAUGCGAUAAAUACCUAAACUGCUUCUCAAGUGGACAGGAGUCGACCUGAGCUUUAAAAAGCAUGUCUUUAUCGGAGAAAUAGUUACAGGCUCGACCACAUCAUAUAUCAGUCUUCAUGUUGGUGUAUAUACAUAGCAUAGCAACAUAGACAUAAGAACUGUGUUGCAUUGUCUUUUUUUAUAUGGUGGCAAUGAAAGCUGUCAUGGUUACAUAGCAUUCUUCAUUAAUACAUGAAGAAUGCUACAUACGGAGUGUAAUAAUUAAUACCCUGUAUUGUUGAAUUACCCUUUGCUGCUAUUUUUUUACAUAUGGAAAAGUUGCAGUAGUGUUGUAUAGUUUAUUUUUCUGAUUUGUAUUUGUAUUCUGAAUCUCACACUUCAGCUAUAAAGCUUGAAAAAGUACUCGUAGUAUUUCAACUAAUUUUACGUCUAAUUAGCAAUGAUGCCA